AUGCUUUCACUUCACCUAGUUUACCAAACAACCAAGCAGUUGAUGCCGUUUAAGUGCACGAAUGGUGUUCCACGCUGCUCACUUAACGCAUGUUAGUUUUAAGAAAUUUUAACAAAAAGUUCCUGCCUUUAUUUGGAUAAAAUGAAUGAUUUAAAUGGAAACUUGAAAUUGGAAAUCCAGCAGGCAUCUCGCCGGGAUUUUGUCCAGGAGACUGUGGGAGAUUUCGGAAGAUGGCAAUUUAAGAUAUCCCUUUUGAUGUCCCUGCUUAAACUGCCAAUGGCAUGGUUUCAAUUGGGAAUAGUUUUCAUAGCUCCCCCAUUCGAUUUUACAUGCAAAGUCCCGACCGAACAAGAGGGUAAAGAUUGGAAACUUAUCGCACAACCCAACUCAUGCUAUUUAAGAAAUAUAAGCGCCUUAAACGAAACAGCCUCGAAGAUACCCUGCGACUGGGGUUAUGAAUAUGAUAGAAGUACAAUGAAGUCAACCAUUAUAAUGGAAUGGAACCUCGUUUGUCAAAGUGCAAGACUGGUUGAAGUUACCCAAAUUACCUUUAUGUUUGGUGUUCUCUUGGGUAGCGUCAUUUUUGGCGUAGCAGCUGACAGAUAUGGUAGGAAAUCCUCUCUUAUUGUGGCUAUAAUACUGCAAGCCGUGUGCGGGAUUAUUUCGUCUUUAGUUUCAUCAUUUUGGAUAUUUGUUUUUGUUCGAUUCUUUUUGGCCCUUGGCAAUGGUGGUACCUUGAUUUCAUCUUUCGUCAUGUGCAUGGAAUCAGUUAGCGGAACUUAUCGAACAAUUGUGCCUAUCUUGUACCAGACACCCUAUGUGUUUGGAAAUCUCAUCAUGACUUUUUUGGCCUAUUAUUUAAAUGAUUGGAGAAAACUUAAUUUAGUUUUAUCCGUUCUUAGUUGUCUCUUCAUUUCGUACAUAUGGCUUCUCUCAGAAUCUCCAAGGUGGUUAUUGGCUGUUGGGAAAAAAAUGGAAGCCUUAAAAAUUUUAAAGGCAGCUGCAAGAAUGAACAAUAAAAAGUCACCUGUUGAAUUUCGAAAAGACGAGGAGAAUUACUUUAUAGCCCAAGUUUUCGAAAAACCAAACUUUUCUCAACUGUUGGUUACUCCUGAAUUAAGGAAAAGGACAAUAUUUUUAAGUUUAUCAUGGUUCCUAACUGGUGUAAUUUUCUUCGCUCUUUCGCAAUACAUGAGUAGCGUUGGAAAAAACAUAUAUCUUUCUGUGAUUGCUAGUGGUGCUUUGGCCGUACCUGGUACGAUAAUGUGUAUUUUUAUAAUUAGAAAAACCGGAAGAAAGAAAACCAUUAUAUUCGCAAAUAUCCUCACAACAGUAUCAACAGCUGCCAUAGCAUUCUUUCCUAAAGGAGAAUAUACUGCCGAUUGGCCAAGAUUAAUUUUAUCAGCACUAGUUUUCACUGGCAUAUCGAUGUCCUUGCCGGCCUUCUUCUUGUUUACUGGCGAACUCUAUCCAACUACAUUAAGAAAUGCUGGAAGUGGAGGUACUAUAAUGUUCUCAAAAAUCGGUUCAAUGGUUGCUCCAUUUCUGUUGACGCUUCAAAGCGUAUUCGAAUCUUUGACAGUUAUUGUAUUAGCCGCUUUAGGUCUUUUAACAAUUGUUUUUAUAGCUCCAUUGCCAGAAACAAUGGGCAAAGAGCUUUUAGAAACUGUAGCGGACUUGCAAAAACAAAAAUUAAACAAGAAGAAUAUUCAGUUGACUGACAAUGAGUCAUUUGAAGAUAAAGAUGGUUGUAAUUCAGUUUUAAGGUGAUAAUUGCUAGUUAAUUGACUAAUGGUUUUCGGAAUUGCUCUAACAAAAUAGCAGUGUUCAUGUUGUUAAAGAAGUUUCAAUGUAUAUUUGAAUCAACAAUUGAUUGAUAUUCAAUUAAUGAAUUUU